UGAAAAUCAGCCCGUUUUUCACGGUCGGAUCAAAACAGGAGCUCCGAGAGGUUCAAGCCAUGGGGAUCUACCUAGCUGAAGGGUUCAGCAGUUAAGGAAAAGAGACGAAGAUUUUGAGCUCGGAACCAUUGCGAUGGCCAUGGCUUCCAACCAUCUUCGAAACCUCAAUCGCAUCUCCAUCCACCAUUUUCAGGCUCUCCUCAACGAUACUACCAGGUUCUUCUCCGACGCUGCUUCUUCAUUGCCUCAACCGCAACCUCCCUCAUCAUCCUUGAAGCACAAUGAGCUCGCCAAGUUCGCCGCCAUCGCCGAUACCUGGUGGGAUUCUGAAGGCCCCUUUAAACCAUUGCAUGUGAUGAAUCCUACGAGACUUGCUUUCAUCCGUUCUGCACUUUGUCGACAUUUCAAGAAGGACCCUUACAAUGCUAAACCCCUUGAAGGACUUAAAAUUAUUGAUGUAGGAUGUGGAGGUGGAAUUCUUUCCGAGCCACUAGCUCGAUUGGGAGCUACUGUGACGGGUGUUGAUGCUGUAGAGAAGAAUAUCAAGAUUGCUCAACUUCAUGCUGGUUUGGAUCCAGCAACUUCAUCUAUUGAGUUUUGUUGCACAACAGCUGAGAAGCUAGUUGAAGAAGGAAGAACAUUCGACGCAGUUAUGGCCUUGGAGGUGAUUGAGCACGUAGCAGAUCCUGCAGAGUUCUGCAAAUCUCUGUCUGCACUAACAGUCCCAGAAGGAGCCACUGUGAUAUCCACGAUCAAUCGAUCCAUGAGAGCCUACGCAACUGCCAUUGUUGCUGCAGAAUACAUUCUCCGCUGGCUUCCGAGAGGCACACAUCAAUGGUCCAGUUUUCUGACUCCAGAGGAACUCGUCCUGAUCCUCCAACGCGCCGGUAUCAAUGUGGAGGAGAUGGCUGGAUUUGUGUAUAACCCAGUGACAGGACGGUGGUCUUUAUCAGACGAUAUCAGCGUAAAUUUCAUCGCGUUCGGUACCAAAUCAAACAACACGGAAUAAAAUACAUAGAUAAGAUACGUGUUAUUGUCAUUACUAUGUUGAAUGCUAAUAAAACAAUAAGGGUUAAGUGCGGUGGAAUCAGGGAGAGGAUGGGCUUGGGACGCCCUUCAUACUUUAUCUGCUUACUUACUAGUAAUUGGAGAAAUACUCAAAACACAUUCAUUUAAAUACGCUCUAAUUAUGUUUCAUAAAA